CCUCUCUCGUCAGCUCGGUGUCCCGGCCGGGCGGCCGAGUCCGCGCGGCGCUGGAUCCCGGGACACCCUCCCUGUCUCCCUCCUGCGGUCGGCGGUCCGCCCGUCGCGCCCGGUCCCCGCGUUCCCGGCCCCAGUCUCCAUCCCCCGCCUGGUUUCCCCCCACCCCCCAGCCCCUUGCGCUCCGGGUCGCAGCCGUUUCCUUCCCUUGGACGUCGCAACGCCGCCGGCGCCUCUUUCUCCCGACCCCUUCCUCCCUCCAUCGCUGUCUUUCCCAUGUCCCCCCGGGGUGAGGCGCGGGCUUUCCCGGCCUAGGGGCGAGCAUAUCCCGAGUGGGGUGCUCGGCCUGGAGCGAUUCCCCGUCGCCUUGGCCAGGAUGACAGUGGACUCAAGCUUGGGGUGGAGGCCACCCCUGCUUGGGUGUUCCCAGCCAGGCCUAGGAUGGCUUUGUUCAUCUCUCGUGGGGCUUGCUUUGGCCUUAACGGGGGAUGUUUGAACCAUUUGCGCCUGAGAGGCAAAGACCAGCUUUUAGGUUUUUGCUGUAGACGGAAUAAACCAAGCAACUUCUCAUUGAGAGCCUGAAGGAACAGUGUGUGUGUGUGUGUGUGUGUGUGUGUGUGUGUGUGUGUCUAGGAACCACUGGGGUUGAAGAAGCAGCUGAGUAAAUGUAGAGUAAAAUGAAUUGUCUUCAAAAUGCACCACCACCAAGGUCUUCCAAUUGAAAAAUGCCAAGAGAAAUCGAGUCUGUUUCUCCUGCCAGUGUUGGGGAUCCAACCCCAGGACUUCACACAUGGUAAUCAGGAGCCUCAAAAUGUUUGCCAAAGCAACAAGGAAUUUUCUUAAAGAAGUUGAUGCUGGUGGUAACCUGAUUUCAGUGUCAAACUUGAACGACUCUGAUAAGUUACAACUUCUAAGUCUGGUUACCAAAAAGAAGAGAUAUUGGUGCUGGCAAAGACCCAAGUACCAGUUUUUGUCUGUCACCCUUGGAGAUGUACUCACAGAGGACCAGCUUCUGAGUCCAGUGGUCGUGGAGUCAGACUUCGUGAAGUAUGAGGGCAAGUUUGAAAACCACGUGAGUGGGAGCCUUGAGACCGCUCUGGGCAAGGUCAAGCUGAACGUGGGAGGCAAAGGCCUGGUGGAGAGCCAGUCUUCCUUCGGAACUCUGAGAAAGCAGGAGGUGGACUUGCAGCAGCUCGUCAGAGACUCUCUGGAGAGAACAAUAAACCUGAAAAACCCCAUGCUCCAGCAGGUGCUAGAGAGAAGGAAUGAGGUCCUGUGUGUCCUGACGCAGAAGAUCGUGACAACGCAGAAGUGUGUGAUAUCUGAGCAUGUUCAGAUUGAGGAGAAGUGUGGUGGCGUGGUAGGGAUCCACACCAAGAUAGUGCAGGUGUCAGCGAUGGAGGACGGGAAUAUCAUGAAAGACACCAGUGUGGUGCUAGAGAUCCCGGCAGCCACCACCAUUGCCUAUGGCAUCAUUGAGUUAUACGUGAAACAGGACGGCCGGUUUGUAUUCUGCCUCCUCCAUGAGAAGCACGGUGGCUUCGAGCAGGAGCCGAGAUCUGACCUUGCCUCUCUGGACCAUCUGGCCUAUCGAGAGUUUGUUUUCAUGGACGUGCCGGAUGCCAGUCAUGGAGUGUCUUCCCAGGACGGACUGUUCAGUGUUUUAAAACAAGGAACUCUGCCACUGGAGAGGAAUUUCCAUCCCUUCACGGAGCUGCCAGAGCCGCAGCAGAUGGCUCUGCGCAACCUCCUGCAGGUGGUCCUGUUUGAUGAAGAACUCUUGGUGGUCCUGGAGCAAGUGUGUGACGACAUAGCUGGCGGCAUCUGGUCCCUGCAGGCAGUGCUGGCAAUGGAGGAGUUGAAGCACCCUCAGCAGCAGAACGUCAAGGACUUCUUGCAUCUGGUGGGAUGCAGGAUACAAGGGGAUUGUCCUGGCCCUGAAGAUGAAGUCAGCAACCAGAAACUCUUUGCAACAGCCUACUUCCUGGUCAGUGCAUUAGCAGAAAUGCCAGAUAAUGCUGUAGCUCUGCUGGGCAUUUGCUGUAAACUCCAGAUUAUUCCUAUACUGUACCACUUGCUUCGUGCUUUAUCUGAUGAUGGAGUAUGUGAUCUUCAAGACCCAACUUGGGCUCCUCUGAAAGACACAGAAAGGUUUGGGGUUGUGCAGCGCCUGUUUUUUGCCGCCGACAUUAACCUGGAGCAAGAGCACUCAUCUGUGAAAGCCUCCAUCCUGAAGGAUCCUCAUAUCUUUCCUCUAAUUCUUUAUAUUACUCUGAAUGGACUCUGUGCUUUAGACAGAGAACAUUAGAAAUGUCUUGUCAAACAAAAGUACAUGUAACUGGCCAAGGCUGGGUGUUUUUCAGAAUUAAAAUACUUUGGAAUUUAGGUCUGGUGUAUCUUAAAAGUUGAUCAGUGAAAUGAAUUACAAGGUACUUUGUAUAGUGGUGUUUUUCUGCACUGUGAAUACCAUCAGGCUCUUUACAUGGUUUCUUUGUUUCAGAAGCCUUCUCCUGCCGGUAAAUGAUGAACGCCUGGUAUCCAAGGUAGACACUAGUACCUGAAGAGCUGUAUGGGGGGGGGGGGUGAGAUUUUGAGCAGUUGUACCCUUAGACUUGUUUUCUGCAGAAUGAAUCCACCUAUCAUUUUCUUAUACCUUCUACUUUGUUAUACAAAAACAGAGGAUCCCAACACUUUAACCUAUAAAAUUCAUUUUAAAUUGUGAAUGCUGUAGCAAGGCCGCUUCUCUUCAUAGAAUCUACAUUUUGGAUGUGCAUGCUAUGUAACUGGUGACUGAAAAAUGUAUAAAUGCUACUAAAGAUAUAUGUAUAUGAAAGAGUUGCUGGCCCAGAUGGAACACUGUAACCAGAAAAGGCUGCAGCUAAACUCCUCCCCUCCCUGCCCCCUAUGGACUUGACUGUAACCCUAUAUCCCCAUCCUUAAGAAUCUGUGCGCCAAUGAGAUACCUGUGCAUCUCUAAUGGCCUUAGGGCGCUGCCCUAAGCUUAGGCUAUUUAGAUGCCCCCAUGCCAUGUGUCCGAGACAGUUCACCAGAGAGAGUUCGCCAGAGAGAGAGAGCUCGCCGCAUUCCAGCGGCCAGCGCCGGCCCAGCGCGCCAGUCUCCACUCCUCGUGUUCCCGGAGACACCACCGGCCCCGGGUGCAGAGAUGCUGCGCCCCAGGCCGGCAGCGGGGGGGCCCCCUCCCCGCAUUCCCGGAAUAAAGUCACCGCUGCCCACUACUUUCACGGCCGUCUGCUCCAUACCUCCCACGGACUUCUUUCUCUCUCCUUCUCUCCCUUCUCUCAGACCUAACAGUAUGUAUCUGCAAAACCAAAUUAUACUAAAAAUCUAAUAGUGAAACACUUCAAGAAGUCUAGCUAUAUCAAAGCAUAGCAAGAUCAAAUGAUAAACAUUAAUUCUAAGUCUAGAACAAUGUAUUGGUCUUAUGCAUUUUAGUAAUUUAAUUUGCCAAAAUUAAUUUUUAAUCAAAGGGAAAUUUGAAUUGUGUAUAUUUUGGUUUUUAUUGUUCUGACAUCCUUCUAUUACAAAUGGCUUGGACUGUCUCCCUAGGGCCUCUGAAUCCACUGAUCUGCCGUCCAUCAGGGCCUGAAGCACUGGAGAUGAAGAGCAGUAAUGGUUGGAAAGAAGCAUGUUACUCAACACUUGUUGUUUUAUCUCAGCAUCACCUGCUCUUUCUUCCAGUUUUUAAUAAGCAUUAACAAGGAGGAAAUCAAACAAUCCUUUCAUCACAUUUUAAAAAUGACUUGGUCUUAUGUAAAUACUAUUAUGUAUGUGUGUAUGUAGAGGAGAAGAAUAUAAAGCAGUGGCCACUGUACAAAAAAAUUAUACACAAAUUGGAAAAAAAAUUUUGGUCUCAUUUUAUGAAGUAAAAUUAAAAAAAUGUGAAGUAAAAUUAAAAAAUAGUCUGAUGUUCUGUAA